AUGGCGGCCUUCGGCCUCCUCCUCCUCCUCAGCGCCGCCGGUGAGUCCCGAGGCCCCGAGCCACGGUCCCCCUGCACGGCUGGGCCCCCCCCGGACACCCUCAUCCUCUUCCCGGACACCCCCGUCCCCUUCCCGCACACCUGGCUGCCCUUCCCGAACUCCUGGAUCCCUUUCCCGAACUCCUGGAUCCCUUCCCGGGCACCUGGAUCCCUUCCCGAACUCCUGGAUCCCUUCCCCGGGCACCUGAGGUUCCCCACAGACACCUGGGGCCCCUUCCCGAAACUCCGGGUCUCUUUCCCGGACACCCGCGUCCCCUUCCCGAGCUCCCGGGUCCCACCUGGGACACCUGAGUUCCUCCCUGCGGCGGCCUCGGGGCGGGUCGAGCAGGUGCUACAAGAGAGCCUGGACCUGCAGCCCACCAACAUCGGGCAAGUGCUGCAGCAGGAGGUGGACCCCGUGCUGCCCCCCAACAUCCUGUUAGGGGGGGGCACGACCGUCUCGGGCCGCCCCCCGACCUGGGGCAGCGCCCUGGACGGGUUCCCCCCGGCCUGGCCCGUGGCCGCCGCCGUGACCCGGCACUGCCGCGACCCCCCCACGGUGCCCCCGCCCCCGAUGUUGCCCCCCAACGCCUUCGCCCACCUGCACCGUCAGGCGGCCGCGCUGGCCGCGCUGCGGCCCCGCAUGAGCGACUGCUGCCGGCACCACGCACCGCUGCCCUGUGCCCGCCGCGCCUGGACGGACGUGCUGGACGGGUUCUGCACCGAUGAGUUCGCGGUGAAGACGCGGCAGUUCCACUGCUGCCGCCGGCACGGGGCCGCGCGGCGCCGCUGCUUCUCCCAGGAGACCCCGGCCCCCACCUGGGACCCCAACACCGCCUGGGAGCCCAACACCGCCUGGGACCUGGUCACCGAGCCCCCCUUCCCGCCCGGGGAGCCCACGACAACCAACUUGGGCAACAUCUGCGGGCUGCGGGAGCUGCGCCCCGGCCCCCCCGCGCCCGACGCCCCCUCCGGGCCCCGCGACCGGCUGCGGGUCCGCCUGGAGCGAGAGUACGGGCGGUGCUGCCGCAACGAGAGCCUGAGCUGCGCCCACAGCGCCUGGCUGAAGGGGAUGAAUCGGUUCUGCCGGGAGGAGUCGGCGGUGAAGACGAGGCACCACUGGUGCUGCCAGCGCAGGGGUCUCCGGGCCCGGGGCCGCUGCUUCGCCGCCGCCGCCCCCGUCCCCGCCUACGACCGGGAGCUGCACAACGUGAGCCUGGUCCGGCCCGGCCCCGCCCUGCUGCGCUCGCUCUGCGGCCCCACCCGCCUCUUCACGCAGAGGCGGCCCGUGCCGGAGCUUUUUGGGGCCAUGACGGCCGCGUGUUGCCCCCUCGCCCCCGAGGAGCGCGGGGUCUGUGCCCGGGAGCAGCUGUCCCAGGCCAUCACCACACUCUGUGCCGCCCCCGAGGACGCCUGGCGGGACCCCCAGGGCUGCUGCUCGUGGGAGGAGCCCGAGCGGCGCCGCUGCUUCGACAACGCCUACCUGAGCCAGGUGACCCUGGGGGCCGCCGUGGCCCCCCCACCCCCCGGCCACGACGAGUGA